AAAAACCUAAUGGCUACAGAAAAUGAUCAAUCACAUGAUAGCAAAAAUAAACCUCCGUUUGAGAAUGAUAAAACUGAAGAAGUUCGUGAAAUUGAACCUGAAAAUACUUCAUCAAAUGAUCCAAUUAAUUGGUCGAUAAUGAAAAAACAGUUCAUAGUAUUCAUUAUCUCAGUGGCAGGAACAAUCGACCCUAUUUCUAGCACAAUUUUUUUUCCCGCACUUAUCGAAAUUAGCGUUGAUUUAAAUACUUCUCAAGUUCUUGCCAAUGCUAUAAUCUCGACUUUCAUUUUAUUAAUGGGCAUUAUGCCACUUGGUUGGGCCUCAUACUCAGAUACCCGCGAAACAAGACGAUGGGCUCUUGGUGGAUCUGCAGUCCUAAGUGUUGGUGCAGGAACUAUAAGUGAUAUAUUCAUUCCUACAAAACGUGGACGUGCUUUUGGAUGGUUCUACUUGGGACCUUUAGUAGGUCCUCUUAUUGGCCCAGUCAUAGGCGGCUACAUAACUCAAUACCUUGGAUGGAAAUUUAUUUUUUGGUUUCUAUCAAUAUAUGGAGGGGUCAUUUUAGUCCUCAUAUACUUUGCACUUCCUGAAACUUUCCGUCACACCCAGUUGUCACUUACCACGACAUCACCUCCUAAAAAACGGUUUAAUCCAUUCUUACCGCUUACUUUACUUCGCUAUCCAAAUUUAUCUUUAAUAAUAAUUUACAUAAGUAUAAUUUUUUCAGUAAUGUUUGCCCAGAAUACCCUUGUUCCAACAACUUUUUCAACAAAGUAUAAUCUGUCUCCAUCAGAUGUCGGACUUGUGUUUCUUUCUCCUGGUAUUGGACACUUUUUGGGAAGUGUAAUAUCUGGAAGUUAUUCUGACUUAAUAUUGACUAAAAGUAAGGAGAAAUACGGUAGUAUUUAUCCAGAAAUAAGAAUAAAAGGUGUUUGGCUUGGAUCAGCGUUAGUCCCAGUUUCAUUUUUAGCUUAUGGAUGGUUUAUUGUGAAGAAUGUUCAUAUUGCUUUACCUAUAUUAUCUAUGUUUUUUUUCGGAUUUGGUACAAUGAUAGUAUUUAGUGGUGUGUCAACAUACUUGAUCGACGCUUUUCCUGGCCGAAGCGCUUCAGCUAUAGCAGUAAAUAAUUGUUUCAGAUUUAUAUCAGCCUCAAUAAUGUCUUUCGCUUCGAAACCACUUGAAAACACUUUAGGUACCGGUUUAAUGUAUUCUCUUUUGACAGUGUAUAUUAUAUUGGGCACUUCUUGCACGGUGAUUGUAUAUUUAAAAGGAAAAAAGUGGAGAGAACGUUUUCUAAAUUAA